AAUAGUACGGAAAGUUAGCCCAGCAAGAAACAGAAUGCCUUCGACCGUCAAGGUCCGCAUUCGGCAGGCCCGGAACCUGCCCGUGAUGGACAAUGCCAACAACCGCCACCACGCGUCCUCCGGGGUCGGUCGGGCGGUCGGCGCCAUCAAUAACCUGCGGAACAUGAACAUUCCCAGCACCUCGUCGUCCGGAGGAAACCACGGCAACAACAACGGCAUCCACGGCGUGAGCAGCACGGACGCGUACGUGGUGGUAACACUGGGGGGGCACGUCAACCUGACGGACCAGGAAGAAGAAUCGGGGAAGCAAAAAAGGUACACGCAGAAGACCAGGGUUUGUAAGCGGACCCUCAACCCGGUCUGGGAUGAAGGUAGGCAUUGACAUUGGUGUGGUAAAUGGCUUCGUUUGUGUGUGUUUGGAAAGAGCGGGGAAGGGGUUCGAUCGGAGAAUCGGAGGCCAAUCCAAUCCAAUCCAAUGCAAUGCAAUCCAAAAACCCCGAUCGCGUCACUCAUCGAGAUUCUUCGUUCGAUGCAUCAAAUUGUCCGUUUGCUUCUUUCUUGCUUUUUCACCUCCUCUCGCGUCCGAUCCGUGGGCCAGAAUUCCGAUUCGACGUCUCGAACGACGCUCUGCUGCAAGACGAGCCCCUCAUAUUCAAGGUCUGCGACUCGGACGCCCUGUCCAGCGACGAAUCCAUUGGUCUCGUCUACAUCGAUCUCAACCCCUUGCUGACCCAGACCGCCUCGAGCGAUGAUCUGUACGGCGAGGACGACGAGCUCCUGAAACCCCCCCACGGUUCCGACAGCCAGAUCUCUGGGUGGUUUCCACUCUACGACACCCUGGGCGGGGUCCGGGGAGAGCUGGAGCUCAGCGUCAAGCUCAACUUUAUCGGGGACGUCAAUCCCUUCCGGGACUCCUCGGCUGGCGUGCAGCUAUUUCCCUUCUCGACCCUGGACCCCGCCUCGGGCUUUAGCGUGUCGCACAUUUUCGGCUUUGUCGAGGAGCUGGUGGUGGCAGACGAUCCCGAAUUCCUUGACAACAACAACAACAACAGCUUUGGCGUCUCGGGCGGCAGCCGCAAGUCCAAGCUCUCGCACGAAACUCGGCAGACGCUCCUCUACCUGCUGGACGCGGCCGUCCGGCGGAAAAUGUGCCGGACGGUUCUGGACAAGGGAGGGAACGCGGUCCUCGGUUACCACCAGAAUUUCGACGUGGAGGGGGACUCGGGGAUCGUGGCCCGGACCUAUGGCACCUGCGUCCGGCUGGAGCGGAGGCAGCAGCAUCAGCACCAGCCACCGGCCCAUUCUGUUCGGCCCUCCCAGCACAACCUCCUCCAGCGCAAGCGCCACGGAAGGGUCGUGGCCAAGGGGCCCGGCGAGGGGAUCCAGACCGACAGUGAGCGUGACGACGACGACGACGUCGAGGGCCGCUCCGCCCGGAGGUCGGCCUUUGGGACCAUGGGGCUCGUCGUCCCCGAGACCCACCACCACGCGGACGACGACGAGGUGAAGCUGCUGACCCUCCGGGACUUUGACCCCCGCGUCCGGGUUCGGAUCGGCGGGCUGGUGACGGCCCGGAGCGUCAAGUACCUGGGGAACCUCGCGUCCAAGCUGUCGGAUCAGGAGCAGAGGGACUCGUGGUGGACGGAGCUCCGCGACGAGAUCCGGUCCCACGCCAAGAUCCUGUGCUGCUCCCACGUGAUCGGAUACCUGGAGGCCUCGACCAUCCACGAGGACGUUGCGGUCCUGUCCAUCACCGGGACCGCCUGUACGGUCCGCGGGCUCCCGGACAUGCACCUCAGCCGCAGGCUGUGGGAGAGCUACCCGGAACCCUCCCUGCUGGAAAUGACGGAGGACGAGGCCGUGCUCUCCAAGGCUUCCAAGCGCGAGUCGUCAAAGCGGCGGUCGGGGAGGUCCGAGCGGAUAGACGGCAGGCUGAGACGGGCUGCGGGGGGGAGGGCCCGUAUGUCGAGCAAGAACGCCUCCGACUUUCACGGGGAGCACUCAAUGGUGGGCACCGAUCGCCAGGAGGGCCCGGGCUUUCCGGCUGCGGUUAUGGUGGGUGGGAAGGGAAAGCGCCUCCCAAAGAACCGCCGCAUCACGACGAGGGUGAGGGACGCGAAGCCCUGUUCCUACUGCCACGUGCCGUACCACCACCGGCUGGCCCCCUUUACGAACAUGAAGCUCGUUCCCUGCAUGCUCUGUGGGAAGAAAUGGGUCCCGGAGGUCGUCCUGGCAACCUGCGAGCCCCCCUCCCGCCUGCCGAUCCGCGGCCCGGGGGUCUUCAUCCAGGCGAGGGUGUGCCGUUCCCGCCCGGCGGAGCGAAACAGCGAGAGCGAUGCGCUGGCAGUCAGCGAGGCCCUCCCGUUCCUGGAAUACGAGCUCGCCCGGCAACUCAUGCUCAAGUGCGUGUUGGUCUUCGUUGUGUGCGAUGGCGGUUGUAGUUGCGCUUGCGGUUGUGCCACUGAGUGGCGGAACAAGUGGUUUCGCACGCUUUGGUCUCACGCAGUUUUUUUUUUUUUCGUUUUACUUUGUUGUCGUCUUCUGUGCGAAAGGCUCAAGGUCUUGGGAAGAAACGCGGCGUUCUCCUUGAAAAACGAAGUGGACGUCGGCAAGUCCCUCAUAAUAUCCACGGUCACUGCUACCGCGGUUUAUUGUACGGCAAUGCCGAGCCCACGGAUCCUAGAGAUAUCCCGGACGAUUGCCGUACAGGACGAAGAGGACCAAAAGCUUGUCAAUCUCCAGCGCCAAAUCGAAAAGAUUUCGGCAAAGAACCGCCAGCGGCUUUCGACGGCAGCCCAGCGCCAUUUAGAACGCGUACGAAAGCGGUUGAUCAAGUUCAAGCAGGCCCAGCUACGGCGGUCCCAGGCUCGGGCCGAAAACCGGCGGCAGCGAGAAGAACGCAGAAAGAACAAGAUCCGCCACAAGGGAUCGGGUACAAAAUCUCGCGCUGCCGAUAUCCAUGCCACUGCUGCGGGUGGGUCAGGAAACCAAGAUCUCAACGACGAAGACGGAGCGUCGUCGUCGUCGUCCGAAAGCUCUUCCUCGUCGAGCUCGUCUUCGAGCAGUUCAUCCAGUAGCUCUAGCGAUGAAUCCGAAAGCGAGAAGGAAACAGGUGGUUCUCAAAAUUCCAAGGGCAAACGCGACAAAUUUGGUGCAGCCACCAGUGGUUCUUCCCGUGGUGGUGUCGAUGUAGAAGAUAGUGGCAGCGUCAUACAAGAUAUGGACUUUGAGGAUGCUUUUGUGUCGGGCACGGAUGGCGCAUCUGUUGUAAGUGAGCUCGACGACGACAUCCGAGACGAGAAAGGACACCACGUGCCCGAUAUGGAAUUCUUUGACGAACUCGAGGCAGAUGCAGAAGCGGGUCGCCACGCUUCUGACAAAGGAAAGGGGCUUCAGCGAAGGCGGAGGCGCAGAAUGUACCGAGACGAUAAGGCACCAUUCGUACUGGAGAUUGACGAUGAAACCGACGAGGAUAUUUUAUCGGUCCUUAUAGACAAACAACUUCCACCCGGCAUCCGAAUCACAACUUGCCAAUACAUGCCGUAAGUGACUCGGCAGAUGUCAUCGUAAGAACGCCAGAAAACAGCUCACCCUUUUUUCAUCCUUCACAGAGAUUUCGGUUGUGGAGACGGCGGUAGGGAUCACGAAAGUUCGGCGGGUCAGAUGCUGAUGUCAAUGCUCCGCUUCAAGUGGAACCAAAAUGCACUCCGCGGUACUCGUAAUAAUUUGCUGUUUUCCAGUCUUUUCCAAGAAUUGUUUGCAAGGCUUUGCGAUCGGUUAAAGGAUAUCGCACCGGCUGUUGUCUGUGGAGUCCGUACACAGGUGAAUCUAACGCCAGACGAUAUGAUCGAGCUUAUCUGCACCGGAAAAGUUGUCUUGGAACGCCGGGAAAUAGAAAACCAGAAAAUCGAUGAAGACGAUGGCGAUAUGUCUGACAGUACCUAUUUGGACGAACUAGAGAUACGCAAAAGAGAGGACGCGGACUUUCGUGAACUAGCCAAGGUUGUCGAAACAGGUGUAUCGUCCAUGUUUCGACCCAUGAUUGGUCAGAACAAGUCCACGGUUAUUGUGGACCAGCUCAGUGCGGAUAUGAAACGCGCUCAUUCAGGAAUCGAUACGGUUUUGGAGUUCUCAGAUUCGUCGGUGGGUUCGAAAAGCCCGUUGCUGCGUGAAAAAUCGCCAAUGGCACUAUCUUUGCCCAAAAGUCCACGCUUAUCGGAGAAAUUGGCGUUGCCCGCUCAAGAUCCCCAUCGAGCAUCGGGAAGCUCUUACAAAAGCCGGUCUUCCGCUUUGGUCAACAUGCUGUCUCCGAAACCAAUUUUCUCGCGCUCCAAGACCGAAAAUGAAUCAUCAACGUCACCUACCCAUGGCUCUCCUGGUACUCCGAGAUCUUCUGCACUUAAUAUAUUGAAGAAUGUUCCUGUGGGGCAUUUAGUACCGAACCUAAAACAGCCCUCGCCUCCUCCUGGUAUGUCUCUACGGGGUAUUAAUUCGAGUUUCCAUCAUGCGAUCGAUGUCACAGAAAUCCCCGUGGAAAUUACGCCCCUGCAUCACGUCACGGGGGGCAGAAUCGUCGAGUACCUCGGCACGGUGUCCAUGCAUUUUAUUCGUGAGUCGAGUGGUUUGGAGGCAGCCGAAUUCAACCGUUUCGUCACGGAAUGCAAUGCGAUUGCCCGUGCCCAUGUCCAUUCAUUGGGUGGAAAUGCCAUGCUAGGUAAGCAAAACUGAAGCCACAAAAGACUUUUUUGAGGACGCUUUCCUCUCUCGGAUGGAAUUACGUGUGCCUCACAUUCGUUACUGUCCUGUUUCAUCGUGGGCCGGGAUCUGUCUCUUUUUCUCUCUACUAGCAUAUCGCGCUGUGCCUGCUGAAUCCGGUGGUCGAGUGUACAAAUCUCAGGUGUACAACGUGAUUUCGCUUAGGUAUGAAUGAUUGCAAUGAUACGAAAUACUCGCUAAAGUCAAGUUGUUCGUCCGCUAGCAAUAUCGAUUCAAUCCACUUUCUUUUCGCCGCCUCAACUCUUGUUUCUUCUCCAAUCCGAUAAUGGAUAAAUAUAUAGUGGGUCUGCUGUGAAGGUCGAAUACCGAAAAGAAGACAAUGCAGCAAGUCCAAAAGACAGCAGUUUUAUUCGGACGAGAAGACUUGGCAGUAUCGAUAGAACGAGAUCAAUUUCGUUUUAGGUAUGUUGAUCUCUCACAGUC